AUGGGUCAGGAGUCAGCCAAGAGUUUAUGGAUCAAGAUUAGCAGCCAGACCAACAUGGGUGCUGAUGUAGUCCGUAUCUGCUAUAGACCUCCUGACCAGGAAGAAGACAUAGAUAAGGCCUUCUUCCAAGAACUAGAAGCAGCCUCAUAUCCACAGGUCCUGGUCUUCAUGGAAGACUUUAACCACCCUGAUAUUUACCAGAAGGAUGAUACAGCAGGGCUCAGAUAUUUUGCAGGGUCCAGUCUAGGAUUUGUGAGGAUGACAGAGGACUACACCCUGACCAUGUAUUUCCAGCAGUCCUGGAGGGAUAAAAGGCUCUCUUAUUCUGGAAUACCUUUGAACCUAACUCUGGACAACAGAGUGGCUGACCAGCUCUGGGUGCCGGACACGUAUUUCCAAAAUGACAAGAAGUCAUUUGUCCAUGGGGUGACAGUGAAAAACAGAAUGAUUCGACUCCAUCCAGAUGGGACAGUCCUUUAUGGCCUACGGAUCACAACAACAGCUGCUUGCAUGAUGGAUCUACGCAGAUAUCCUCUGGAUGAACAAAAUUGCACACUAGAAAUUGAAAGUU